GUUCAUCGCUCAAUUACUUUUGGAAUUUUCUUUGCUAUAACAGUAAUGCAAACGAAAUUACUUUUCAAGGUUGUUUCCCAUACCGAGUCAAGUAGGGCAGACUACUUUUUUUAUAAGUGUGGUCCUACUGGAGUACAAUUAGUUUGAGCGGAGUGUAAUUCAGGGUUUGGGUUCAGGGUAUGCAACUAUUUCUUGCAAAUUCCGCUAUAGACCUUAAUCCCGUAUUCUUAACUGGUUCAGAUUUGAUGAUUUUAAAUAUUGUCUAUGUUCGAAUGACUUUGAUCAACUUCAGUGUGUUAGGGUGCUUUUUUUAAGGUCAUUGUGGUUCAGAUUUGAUAAUUCUAUGAAUAAGAUGUGGGCAUCAUUUUAGACCCAACUUUAGCAUUUUGGCAUAAAAAUAAGAUCAACAGAAAAACCGUAGAAAAAAAAGUCAUCAUGUAAAAAUGUAGAAUCCAAGUUGUCACGUAUUGUGGAGACGUGCGUUGCACGUGCAAGCUUCACUAGUCCGUCCGGAAAUAAUUGAAUCGGAUUUGUCACAUCUAGAUACGAAUCCUGAGUCAUUUGUUCAAAGUUCUCAAAUUUUUACAAACAUCUAAAGAUGUGCAGCUGGAAUUGGGUGCACCUACCGGAUACAAUGGCUCAUACGGUUUAAAGGAUUCUUAAUGAUUUCCACAUAAUUUCAACACUUAAUUUUUUUUUCAUGUGUAUCCUUCGUUUCAUAGAAUAGAGAAACACUACAUUACUUUUAAGAAUUCCAAACAUUAGGUGAGAUCAUAUUGAAAAAUCUUAACAAUUGAAAUGCGCAUGACUUUCUAAUCAUAUAUUUUUCCUAUUUUUUGUGAUUUCAAAAUCCUAUGAAGUAUGAACCCGAAACGAGAGUUCAAGUUCCAUGUAGACAUGUAGUGCUUUGCUUGGUCACCGGCGCGUCCAUCCCGUCUCCCCACCUCACAAGCCGCCACCCCCGAAGCAGUUCAAGGCAGCGCUAAAACCCCCAAAUUCCCCACGCGGGGCAUGAAGAAGGCGGCGGCAGCAGAGGUAUCUGUGGCAGGGGCGGCGGCGCCGGUACCAGCUACCACAAAGACGGGGGCGGCGGACGUCACCGCAGCCAAGAGGGGCGCGUCCGGUGGAAGCCGCAGGCGGCGGAGACGGGCGCGGGCGCGGGCAGAUCUCAUAAGCAGCCUUCCUGAUGCGGUCCUCGGUACCAUAAUCUCUCUCCUCCCCACCAAGGAUGGUGCCCGGACGCAGGCCAUAGCCCGCCGGUGGCGCCCCCUCUGGCGCUCCGCGCCUCUCAACCUCGACGCCACCGGCCUAUCCUUCGGCAACUCCAACGGCUUCGCCAUCGUCUCCAGCAUCCUCUCCGACCACCCUGGCCCUGCCCGCCGCUUCCACUUCCCCUCCAUCCGCGUCUUCAAUGACGAGGACCAUUCAGCUCAGAUCCAGAGCUGGUUCCACUCCCGUGGCCUCACCAAUCUCCAGGAGUUGGAUAUCGGCUUCAAUCUAUUUCCUAAAUUCCGUCUAUUUGGGCAAACACGUCAGUUAACCGAGCCUUUUCCGCUGCCAUCAUCCGUGCUUCGGUUCGCAUCAACCCUCCUCGUGGCCAGAAUCGGCUACUGCAAGAUCGCUCAUCCGCUGAAUCUACCCGUUCUCAAGCAGCUCACCCUGAAAUUCGUUUCCAUCUCCGAGGAUGUGUUAUAUCGACUGAUCUCUGGCUGCCAUGCCUUGGAGACUCUAUUUUUGGAUACAAUUUGUGGAGUGGCUUGCCUCCGCGUUAGCUCACCAACUCUUAAGACCAUUCGCCUCUCCUCUUGGCUUUUGCGCGAAGGAGAAUUGGUCAUCGAGGAUGCCCCUCACCUUGAAAGGUUGCUACUACCUCAUCCGGGCUCAGGCUGCAAGAUCAUCCGGGUAAUCAGGGCACCUAGACUGGAGAUAGUUGGGCCUUUGUUGCCCCUUGUCUCUGACAUCGGUAUUGCAUCCCACCAAGUCUUCCAGAGAACAAUCCCAGUGAGCUUGGAGAAUCCGAUAUGCAACGUGAAAGUUUUGGCUCUCCAAUUUUCUGGACCCGACUUGAAUGCAGUUCUCGACAUCCUUAGUCGCUUCCCCUGCCUGGAAAUUCUUUAUGUCAUUUGGGAGAAAUACCGGCAGACAGACCUGAAAAACUUGAGUCACUAUGAACCACCAGAUCCUGUCAAAUGCCUUGAAACCCAUCUGAAAAAACUGGUGUUGGAAAAUUACAAAGGCAGUGAGCAAUAUGCUAGCUUUGCCAGGUUCUUUGUUUUGAAUGCGAAGGUGCUAAAAGAAAUAAAAUUUGGUGUCGAUCAGAAGAUCAACAAGGCAUGGGUGGCUGAUCAACAUAGGCUGCUGGAAGUGGAAACUAGAGCCUCUCAAGAUGCUCAAUUGGAAUUCAGGCUUGGUUCUUCUUCCAUGUAUAUGGAUGCCCAUGACUUGUCAAUGGCCGAUCCUUUUUCGAUCGCUCUUUGGUAGGCAGGGUAGAUGCUCUUUCAGACUAAGCAUGUCCUUGAUUCGUGAAUGGUCGAUUCCAUUGGCUGCUUGUUCUGUAGAGGUUGGGUUUGAUACCUGAAUAUCACAUUGUCCUCACUUGUUUUCUAGAGCGGACUGAUGCUCGUUUUCCGUCCAAUGCUCAAUUUGCUGUGGCUACUCUAUUUCUAGUCUGGAGCUCCUUUGUAAAUCCUAUCAGGGUAUGUCAUGCAACUGAGAGCUAGUAAAAUCAGCAUCAAACUGCACUGAUCCUAUCUUUUGUCUGGAAAAAGAGUAUGUAUUGCAACCUAGUAUAUUUUUAGUUCCAGUUUCGGUCUGCAA